GCUCCCGCCGUCCAUGAGGGGAGGGAAGAGGAGGAGCGCGCGCCAUUUGCAGCCGCUGCCUCCAAGCCGCGUCGCGCAGGUCCCGCUCCGCAUAAUAAAAUGGCUAAUCAGGUGAAUGGUAAUGCGGUACAGUUAAAAGAAGAGGAAGAACCAAUGGAUACUUCCAGUGUAACUCACACAGAACACUACAAGACACUGAUAGAGGCAGGCCUCCCACAGAAGGUGGCAGAGAGACUUGAUGAAAUAUUUCAGACAGGAUUGGUAGCUUAUGUUGAUCUUGAUGAGAGAGCAAUAGAUGCUCUUAGAGAAUUUAACGAAGAAGGAGCCCUCUCUGUAUUACAGCAGUUUAAGGAAAGUGACCUGUCGCAUGUACAGAACAAAAGUGCAUUUUUAUGUGGAGUUAUGAAGACUUACAGACAGAGAGAGAAACAAGGAAGCAAAGUACAAGAAUCAACAAAGGGGCCAGAUGAAGCAAAGAUUAAGGCUUUGCUAGAGAGGACUGGUUAUACUUUGGACGUGACUACAGGGCAGCGGAAGUAUGGUGGCCCCCCUCCAGAUACGGUCUACUCAGGAUCCCAGCCUGGCAUCGGCACAGAGGUUUUUGUUGGUAAAAUUCCUAGGGAUUUGUAUGAAGAUGAAUUGGUACCACUAUUUGAGAAGGCAGGCCCAAUUUGGGACCUGCGGCUCAUGAUGGAUCCCCUCUCUGGGCAGAACAGAGGCUACGCUUUCAUCACUUUCUGUGGUAAAGAUGCAGCACAAGAAGCUGUCAAAUUAUGUGACAACUAUGAAAUCCGUCCUGGUAAACACCUUGGCGUAUGCAUCUCUGUGGCAAACAACAGGCUGUUUGUUGGAUCAAUUCCAAAAAACAAGACCAAGGAAAACAUACUAGAAGAGUUCAGCAAAGUUACAGAGGGUUUAGUGGAUGUAAUCUUGUAUCACCAACCUGAUGAUAAAAAGAAGAAUCGCGGAUUCUGCUUCCUGGAAUAUGAGGAUCACAAAUCAGCCGCUCAAGCUCGGCGUCGGCUGAUGAGUGGGAAAGUAAAAGUCUGGGGAAACGUCGUUACUGUGGAAUGGGCUGACCCUGUAGAGGAACCAGAUCCAGAAGUCAUGGCAAAGGUGAAAGUUUUAUUUGUGAGAAACUUGGCCACAACGGUGACAGAAGAAAUACUGGAGAAAUCCUUUUCAGAGUUUGGAAAGCUGGAAAGAGUGAAGAAAUUAAAAGACUAUGCUUUUGUUCAUUUUGAAGAUAGGGGGGCAGCGGUCAAGGCCAUGAACGAAAUGAAUGGAAAAGAGAUAGAGGGGGAAGAAAUUGAAAUAGUAUUAGCUAAACCUCCAGAUAAGAAAAGGAAAGAACGCCAGGCUGCCAGACAAGCCUCCAGAAGUACUGCGUAUGAAGAUUAUUAUUACUAUCCUCCACCUCGUAUGCCACCUCCAAUUAGAGGCCGAGGGCGUGGAGGGAGAGGCGGCUAUGGCUAUCCCCCAGAUUACUAUGGCUAUGAAGAUUAUUAUGAUGAUUACUAUGGCUAUGACUAUCAUGACUACCGUGGUGGCUAUGAAGAUCCUUACUACGGCUAUGAUGAUGGCUAUGCUAUAAGAGGAAGAGGAGGAGGAAGGGGUGGGCGAGGAGCACCUCCACCACCUAGGGGGCGGGGAGCACCACCGCCAAGAGGUAGAGCUGGCUAUUCCCAGAGGGGGGCACCAAUGGGACCACCAAGAGGAGCCAGGGGUGGGAGAGGGGGUCCUGCCCAGCAGCAGAGAGGACGUGGUGCUCGUGGAGCCAGGGGCAACCGUGGGGGCAACGUGGGAGGCAAGAGAAAGGCUGAUGGGUACAACCAACCGGAUUCCAAGCGCCGCCAGACCAACAACCAGCAGAACUGGGGCUCCCAACCCAUCGCUCAGCAGCCGCUUCAGCAAGGUGGUGACUAUGCCGGUAACUAUGGUUACAAUAAUGACAACCAGGAAUUUUAUCAGGAUACAUAUGGGCAACAGUGGAAGUAAGACAAAUAAGGAGGGCGUGGGAAUAUUGGAAAGAUAGAAUUUGGCUAUAGCUCUACAUCCUUCCAAAAAUUGGCUUAAUGUUUCAUCCUUCAGUAGUGAUUGGCUGCCAUUUGUAUUGGGCUGAAGAAUCACUCUAUUGUGUAUAUACUCAAGUCUUUUAUUAUUUUUUUCUUUUCUCAUAAAUGCACUUGGACAUUACUGAGCUUGCAGAAUUCCCAAACACAGUUUUGGGAGACAGUGCUUUUUAUCGUUUUAGGCUUCAUUUUAGCAGUUUAUCAGCAGGAUGGGCGACACUGUUAAAUCAUGAUUUUGCAGACCUUCUGUUUUUGGACAGUUUCAUUUUUUCCUUUUUCUUUUUUGGAUUUGGGAUAGACUACAUAGGCAUAUGCUGUACAUAAAGUAAAGCUAGUACUUUGUCUCCGUAGUUUUAAGAAAUUAAAACAAAAUUAAGUUUUCUUGUAUUGAAAAUAACAUGACUGUAUGUUUUGCAUUCCUAGAAGUAGGUUAACUGUGUUUUUAAAUUGUUAUAACUUCACACCUUUUUGAAAAUCUGCCCUACAAAAUUUGUUUGGCCUAAACGUCAAAUCCGUGGCAAUUUGUUCCUUGAUGUGAUUGUAUUUCCAAUUUCUUCUUGUUCAUGUAAGAUUUCAAUAAAACUCAAAAAUCUAUUCAAAACAUUACCUAUUUCAAAUUCAAUUGUGUCCUAAAACAUUUUAUUGGUAAUUCUUGCAAGAAACAUCUUUUUUAUAUUAAAAAAAACUGCCUAUGUGAGUGAUCAAAUUCAUGCAAAUUUCUUGCAAUUUCCAACAUCUGGCACUUGUGGCAUAUGAGUCAGAGCUAGGUCUAAUCAUAGCAUCAAACUGAAAUUUAAUAAUUGUUAAUCUAAUCUAGUUGCAUUUAACUUUCAAUUGGUUGCUUUCUUAACAGCUUCAAGUACAUUUGUAAACUUGUGCAAAUUGUUUUUAGUCAUAUGAUUUUAAGUCCCACUGUCUGGAUAUAUGAGAAGUUUCAUGUAGGAAGGCAGUCAAUAAACUUAACCUGUUUUUAUGUUACUAAUAUGGAUAACAUCUAAUGACUUCAACUCAAUUUGAUAGUGUGCAAACAUAAAAACAGACAAUUAUGUGCUCAAUUUUUAUGUUUUUGUUUGCUUUGAACAAAGAUAUGAGAAUGGUUGUAAAUUCUUACAAAGUACAGUGAAAAUGUAAAUAAAUCCUUUAUGCUCUAGAUAACAGAAUUGCUAAUUUGAUUAUAAUAUUAGAUUUUACACCCUUCUGAAUGAAUGAUUUAAAGCUCAAAUUUCCAUUGAUUUGAUAUUUCUUCAGAGUCUAUAAAGAACUUUUUGUACAAACCCUAUUUUUUGCCAUAUUUUUAAUAUUCAUUUGACUCUCAAUUUACGAUGUUUUACCUGUUUGCAUCUUUUGCACUGUGCUAAACUGCAGUGAAGUACAUUUGCAUUCUAGGAAAUAAAUCCAAAGGUCUUAAAUUUACAUAUCAGAUUGGCCAACUUGAACGUCCAUAAUAAAUAAUUAGCCCCUAAUUUAUGAGUUUGCCUUUGAUUAGAACAUAAUGAAAAAUAACAGUCAUUGGGAGAGAACAAGCUGCUUGUCUGAACCUCCAUUAGUAUUAUCUGUUUGACAGAAUUACAUUGUUGUGCGAACAGUGUUCGUUCUUCCUACAAUUGUGUAGGAUAAUUUUCAUGGGUUUGUAGCUCUUGACUCAUUGAGGAAGGAAAACCUUAUAAAAAUGGCUUUUUCAGUCCAGCCAGAUAUUUGGGGUACUAUGGUAACAGUAAUUGACCAUGGUUCUGAUAAAAGAAAAAAAUCCUGUAGCUCUUGGUCAUAUAAUAUGUCUUUGUUUUGUCUGAGUAAAGCUGCAGGAUUUGUCUUGUGAAGCUCAUCUGGCUUUUAGGUCUAGUAGAAGUGGCUGGCUUUCUAAUACCUAAAUCAACACUCACACACACUUUUCCAAUUGCUUGACAAUCAAUUCCACAGCUUAACAGUAUUUGGUGAAACUAAAUUUGAGCUAAUUUAAAAUACUUGCCCAUGUCCUAAAGUUAUCCUUUAUGAUGGAGCAUACACAAGGACUGCCAAGAGAGGUAAAAAGCAAUUUUGUAUUGAUGUGAAAAUGUCUAUGUCAGAAUCUAGAAAGAUUUGGAAAUGUAACACGCACAUAUGCUUGUGCAUAAUGAGGAAUCUUGUGAUGUGUUUGAUAAUCUUGCCCAAACGCCAAGUCUGUAAAUGCUUAUAUCCAAAAUGCAACAAAAUUCUGGAAGUUCUUUCAAGUAGCAAAUUCUGCAUACAAAAUUAGCAGUCCUACCUGUCCGCAAACAUCUGUUUUAAAUUCCAUCUUUAAAGACAGCAGUAUUGUCCAGAUAUCUUAGCGGUAUGUAUACGCUAUGAAGAAGACAAUUGUGUUUCAGAUUAAGUACAGAACACAAUCUAAUUAGACAUUCAUGGCUUUAAGAAACUUUGCUUCACAAAAGAAAUAAUUAAAUAUUUAAAAAACCGCACUCCAAAAUAUACAUUUUGCUUCACCUGUGCCUUGACCUUUUAUUCAGCAAAGCAAUUCAGAGGGACAAAAACCCUGUCAUAGAAGAAUAUCAAUCCUUUGUUCUUCAAGGUGGGGACGGAAUCAUGAAAUGGAAUUCAAUAUUUGAUCACUCAUUUAUAGCAGUUGCUUCAAUGUCUCUAUUGAUACAAAGGUGACUUUUGAAAAAAUGAUGCCAGAGUUUUGGUACUUCGGAAACCUAUGUCAAAAGAUUUCUACAAAUUCCUAAUUACAUAGAUCUAGCAUUGCAGUGCAAGCCAGAUUAUAUUUCUGAGUUAACCACUUAACUGAGAACUAUUCCCAUUUAUGAAGGAAAAUGUCUAAAACUUCUAGAGGUACAGUAAUUGUUCUAGGCUUACAGUUCCUUCAGUAAGGUUUGUUUUUUCUAGCUGAAGAUAUCAAUCUUCAAUUGUAAAACUGUUUUAAAGCAUUUUUUUCUGUUAAAAUCCAAACGUAUUGGAGGUAUUAAGCUUAAUAAUCGGCUGUAUGAAUGACUGCAUCAUUUAUCAAAGCCUGAUUAUAUUUUCACCUUGUCUGCAUCUGUAUGCCAUUAUUUGAACCUCAUUUGCAUUUUGAACAUUAAAUAACAUGCUUGUAAUAAGGCUAUUAUGAGCAAAGUGAAGAAAUGUAUGAAAAUAUUUUGAUAAAAGGAGUCCAAGGGGAUCCUUGGAGUCCUUAUGCAAGCAAAUCUUGGAACUUCAAUAGGGCUUUUUUUGCCUGGCCAAAGCAUGAAUUGGGUUCUUGCAACUCCUAAUAUACGAGCCAGAUUUUUCAAACCUUGCACAUAAUCCUUUGGUUUAGAUUGAAAUAUUUGUGUGAAUGAGUAUUUUGUGAAAUACUGAAAGUGGGCACAAAUAGAUUUUCUGUGGUUAAAAUGAAAACUUGAAGCCACUAAAGUUCUGUGGGCUUUAUAAGAUGAGAACUCUGAGCUGUAUUUCCCAUUUCUCUGAAAAUGGGAGCUUCUGUUAACUUAGGGCUAAAAUAAAAACUGCUUUUCUUGAUGAAUUUGAUAACAAAAUCCUACAAAGUACAAACUUGCUCACCAAGGUGCACCUGUUUAACUUUUGCAGCUGUUGGAAUAGGGGGGAAAACCCUCAGUAGAAAUGGGGUAUUAAUGCCUCUGAUCUUCAUUACACAAUGAAGUUAUAUCAUGAUAAGUAUCUGGGUAUUGGUUAGAAACUGCCAAAAACUAUUUUUGUUUCUGUUUAAUUUUCUUCUGGAUAAAUAUAUAUUUUAACACCUUGUAAGGCGGUUACCAGAAGCUCUGAAUGACAGUUCGGAAUAUAUUGCAUUACAUUUUCUGAUGUUAUCCAGAAAUCUGCAAACGUAACUUCUAUUUUAACUCCUUCCUUUUAUUACCUGACUAUCAGGGAAGCGUGGUUGAGGCUGCCCUGACCUGACAUGUCACGAUGUCGACUUGCUAGGUGGGGUUCGCAGGGGACAGUAACCAUUGGAGUUAUCGGUAAGAGAACUUCCUUUCUCAUUUUUCUCGAAAUAACAUGAAACAACUGGCUUUCUUCUGGGUGGCGGGAGAAUUAUGCUAUUUGCCUUCUCUCUCUUACUAAACUAUUAAUUGUUUUGGGUUUCUUCUUCAAAAAAGCCCUUCACUCUAGUAGAGGAGUUGACUGACUGUGGGAGGUGAGUUUUGAACGCAACCCUGUAGGUUUUCUGGAAUUAAUAGGUUCGAAUUAUAUGGGAAGAAGAUUGUUGAAGGUGUAAAAAAAAAAGCCUUCCGUAAAACAUGGUUAGAAAAGCAGUUCAUAGAGUCAUAGACCCAAAAGUGCUUUCUGCUUGUGGUGGGACAGUUCUGCAUCUCACCCUAGAGCAAUUUAGUAAGGAAAGUGAAACAAUUUCCAGAUACAUUAGGAUGUAUCCAGUACAAGCCUUGCUCAGAGGAGGCCCAUUGAAAUGAAUGAACAUUACUAAGUUAGGGCCAUUAAUUUCAGUGGACCCAUUCUACGCAAAACCUAGUUGAAUACAACCACAGCCUUUUGCACAGUUAAAAGCAUGAGAACUGCUAUUGGACCUACCUGCUAUAACACUGCAUGAACUCCUGCAAGCACUAUUGGGUAUUUUCCUUCUGCUCACAGUUCUUUGGAGCCAGGGCAUAAUUACUUGAACAAAGGAGGUUUGGAGCUUUGUUUCUUGAAUUGUCCAUCAUGCUACUUGGCGAAUGCCUCCCCCCCCCUACAUUUUGUUACUUGUAUAGUUACAUUAAAAAUUAGAUAAGAAAAUUAACUUCCAGAACCCAGACGUAUCAUUCCAAUAAAAACACUUUCAACAAACCCAGCAGUCUUAUAUUUGUUUCUAACGAAAUGAAUUCUCCCCAUUUAAGUGACUCCAGAGAUGUUUAAACCACAUGACUGUACUAGAAUUUGAUGGGCCUUUCUGGGUGGCUGUUCUUGCUGCUGCUAAAGAGUGCAAAAUAAAGUCUCUGCAUAUGAUACCUUGCUUAUCUGAUGGAAACAUCUUCAAUGUUUUUGACACAUAUCAUUUUAACAUUUUAUUAAUUUGUGAGUAGGCAGUACCUCCCAUAAUUUCCUGUUUGGGAAUGAAACUGGCAAACCAUCUUUCCCCCCCUCAAAAGCUGUUUGUAAGAUGGCAUGGUAGUGUGCUCUUAAAAAUAAAUUAAAAAUAUCUGGGUACACACAAGUCCCUGGACACCCUCAACUAGCUCUUUCAAUUGGUUUGAUGAAAAUAUAAUCUGAUUUCAAGGUAACGAAGUGUAACAAGGUAAAUUUCUCAGUGCCUGCAGACCUAUUGGAGCAAAGUUUUUGGUUAGGAAGAAUGAUCUCUCGGUUCCCUAAGAAGAAUUGUGGUUUCAUCACCAGACUUUAGUGGAAACUUGACCCUUACAGCAUUGCUGUAGUUCAGCCUUCCCCAAUCUGGUACCCUCCAGAUGUUUUGGACUAUAGCUGCCAUCAGCUGUAGUCUGCAUGGUUGUGCUUUGUGCGGAUGAUGGGAGUUGUAGUCCCAAAACAUAUGGAGGAUACUAGGUGGGGGAAGGCUGCCACAGUUAAAUCUAGAAUGCUAAUCCAGUUGGGGGUGGUGGUGGCCAGAUUUCUAGCAACCAGGAAUGCAGAACAGGAUGUUUCCCAGAUGGUUGGAUGCAAAGAGAGAAGUUUUAUACUGGAGUUCAUAUUGAUGCUCUAUCUCAAGCACUACGUUCUCUUUUGGCAACUCGUGCUUUCAAGGAGCUGUGUUUUGAACAUGACACAGGUCGGCUUAAAAAGAGAAGCAACCGCCACAUUAACAAGCUGUUUUUGAAUUCAAAUAAACUGAAGCUUUGCUGUAGAGUGUUUAACAAUCACAUAUUCUCUGACUACUUCAUUAUAGCUUACUUUAAAUGAAUUAUCUAAACAUGCCAAUAAAUUUUCUUUGUGUUCCUUUGUUUUGGCACAGUUAACCUUUUCCCCCCUACCAAUUUGAGCCUAUUUCAUCCUUGCCUUCCUAGGUUCCCUGAUUUCUACUAUAUGUUUGGUAUAUGUUUGCGAUUUCUCAAUGUAAAGGGGAUUUUACCUAGAUUUCUGCUUAAUACUGGAGUUCCUGGGUUCCUCUAGCUGUACUAAAUUUUAGAUGAGUGUGUAUAAACAAAAUACCUUCUUUCUAGUCAUUGGCAAAGAACUUCUAACUUGGACAGAAAGGAUCCAGUUUUUCUGCUAAGAAAAUUGCUUAGGAUAUAGCCAAACCAAGUUUUUCUCUCUCCUUAAAUGUCUUGUACCACAUUCUUCCUGGGAAUCUUCAAGGGCCCUUCAGAACUACUACACAUUCUCAUUCAACAAUGGCAUAUACUCCAAUGAGAGGUGGUGGACUCUCCUUCAUUGGAGGUUUUUAAGCAGAGGUUGGAUGGCCACCUGCAUAUAUAGUUGAGAUUACUUCUCUGCAGGGGGUUAGACUAGAUGACCCUCUGGGUCCCUUCUAGCUCUACAAUUCUAUGAUUCUAAGAAUUCCCACAGACUUUAGACCAAGGCAGGAUUUACCAAAGUGGCACUCUCCGUUUAUUCUUGGAUUACAACUCCCAUCACCUGUGGCUGUUUGCCAUGCUGGCUUACUUAGGUUGGUGGGAAUUUGAGCCCAACUGACUCCGAAGGGCAUCUCAUUGAAGAGGUCUGGACUAAGACUAGCUCUUAACCUGAAUGAAAGUUGUUUUUAAUGGAAAUAAGUAAGCAAGUACAGGUGACUUACACAGGGGUUAUGUUCCAGGCUCCCUGCGUGCAUAAGUGAAAUCACAUAAAGUGGGGAGCACCCUCUAAACUCCCUGUCUGCCACUCUCUCUUCAAUCCAUUCCAAAAUACUGUAUCCAAAAAUAUCUACAACAAGAAUGGAAGCUCUAGGGCCGGCUGGAGGCUGGAGGACGUGCAGUAAAAGGGCUGCUGCACUACCUCGUGUGUCAGCUGCUAGGUGGGGAGGCUGAGCAGCCUAUAGAAAGCCCUGCUGCACCUCCGGUCUAUUUGGGGCUUCUUCCACCUUCAAUCACAUUCUCUUUGGGCUUCGGAGAGGGUCUCCUUACAAACCGCAAGGACUCUUACCACUCCCGCCAUUUCCAGGUAUGAAUUGAAUUAAUGAAUUAUUUCCUGGUGCUGUGCAUAUACAUAGUUGCGCGUGAGAAAAUCACUUGUAAGUGGGGCGGCGGCGCCUGUAUCAGUCAAAUCAAUUAACAAAUUCUGUACAAGUAAAAUCCAAAUUUCUCAUAAAAUUGCAGGGUGACUUUGCUCUUUGGAAUGCUUCAAUCUUCUUAUCCCCCCCAAAAAACUCUCUCAAAUGUAACUACAGUACUUAUUUUUGCCACUUCUGUAGUUUUACAAUAUCUUAGCUAACCAGUGCUUCAGAGCAGGUGGGUUCCGUACAUUGUUUGCUUGGCACCAGGUUUUUUGCAGUAAUUAAAACAUUCUGUUUAAUGAUGAUGUUCCAGUACUAAUCUUAUAACCAAGCAUAACAAACAGUAGAUCAUGAGGAGCUGCCAGAAAGAUCACCACAUACCACAAUUCAUUCUCUCUCUCUCUCUCUCUCUCUCUCAAAUAUUUAAUCAGAUGGGGUAAGAAACUGUUGAAUGGUAUUUUAUAACAUUUCUGCUUAAGGUUUAACAAGGAAAGAAAGCUUUUAACUCAAAUCAUAAACUUUUUUAGUGGAAAUAAGUGGCUGAAAAUGUGUGGGCUGAUAAAUGUUGUGUAUAAGGUAAAGGUAAAGGGACCCCUGACCAUUAGGUCCAGUCGUGACCGACUCUGGGGUUGCGCGCUCAUCUCGCAUUAUUGGCCGAGGGAGCCGGCGUACAGCUUCCAGGUCAUGUGGCCAGCAUGACAAAGCUGCUUCUGGCAAACCAGAGCAGCACAUAGAAACACCGUCUACCUUCCCGCUGUAGCGGUUCCUAUUUAUCUACUUGCAUUUUGACGUGCUUUCGAACAGCUAGGUUGGCAGGAGCUGGGACCAAGCAACGGGAGCUCACCCCGUCACAGGGAUUCGAACCGCCGACCUUCUGAUCAGCAAGCCCUAGGCUCAGUGGUUUAACCACAGUAUUUCCGUAUAAAUUGCAUAUAGGUAGCUUCUCAUUUCUAAAUAGUUAAUAAAACAGCGAAAUAUGAAUGAAAUAAAAGGGGAGGGGGAGGGGACUAAGAUCUUCAUAAAGACGGAUGUGGGUAACUGCAUUUAAAGGGGCGUGAGCUGUGUUAGGAAGUAGUGUGUUUGUGAGCUACACAGUCCUGAAUACAGGAGCAGGGUGGACGUUUGGUUAGCUGAGAGAAGAGGAACACCUUUGUAGAGGACUGUGGCAGAUCUUUUUGGAAAUGGCCCUGCUUCCGUAAAAAUAUGCAAAAGCUCUGGUUGGCUUGUAUUCCUAACUGCACAGUGUGUCACCUUUUGGUAGAAUUAUUUGAGCCAAUUUUCUUGACAAAACCUUGCUAAUUUUAUAGGGGUGUUUAGAGCAUUGCCUUCACAUUUUUAUUUUUUAGUAUCCAGUGACAAGUCACUUCCUCCUCGUUAAAUCGGUGCUCCUAACCUUUCUGGAGCUGAUCCAUCUGUCAAAUGUUGAAUUCCACUGGUAUAGCUACUUUACAUGGAACGCUUUAUAGUAACAACUAGUUUCUGUCGAUUGAGAUGUGUUUGUAGAACCUGUUUCAGCUGCUGAAGAACUUGCAGAGAACAUCGUAACUCCUGGUGUCCAGCUGCUCAAAGGUGCUGUCAAUUUUCAAGAGGGAGAGAUCACAGAGCAAAGGCGUGUGUACUGGAAAUCAAAAGGUAAAAAUUAAAUAAAAAGCCACCAUAAAGGGAUCGUACUGAAUUGGAACAUGGGUUCAAAUGGGGAGAAUUGCUGUACAUAUAAAACAGGCAUAGGCAAACUUGGCCCUCCAGAAGUUUUGGGACUACAAUUCCCAUCAUCCCUGACCACUGGUCCUGUUAGCUAUGGAUUAUGGGAGUUGUAGUCUCAAAACAUCUGGAGGGCCUAGCUUGCCUAUGCCUGAUAUAAAAGGUACCAUUUUCCUUGGGCCGAACCUUUUAGACUGAGUGUUUAUCCACACUUCUGCACAUAGCUGCCAAGUUAUCCCUUUUUUAAAGGGAUUUCCCCUUAUGCUUGUUCCCCGUACCUAGAAAACAUGAGUCCAAGUGGUUUUCUGUUUGUCCCACCACUUUCCCAAGGGAAACCUGCUCUCUAGUGCUAAAUCGGAGCAAACAUCAAAUCAGUUCUAAAGAAUUGAGUAUUCCUGGAGGGAAGCAGUGAGACAAGCGGAUGAGCUCUGGGGACAAAUAUGCUGUCAAUAGAACCAGGGCAAAAUUAACUUUGGUUGGACUUUGUUUGAAGGAGUCCAUUUGAGAAUGUUAGCCUAGUUCUGGCUAGAUGGCAAACUUCUCUUCCUUGCAGUCUUUUCAUAACUCAAGGCUGGUAUUCAAAAUAUGAGAGAGUAUGAAGUUACUUUGCACAGUCAGUCCUUUGGUCCAUUAAGCCCAGUACUGUCUAUUCCCUGGCUGAUGUGCCCCAGGGUCAUGUGUUCUAGAGAUAGCUUUCUUACUGGAUGGGGAAGCAUUUAAUGAAUGCAUAUCAAUCGCUAUGCCCAGCUGUCAAGAACUACACUGAGGCCUUCUGGAUUCUAAUGUUUUGAAAGACCCGAUGGAAUACUUUUUGUUUGUAUAAUAGUUUUUAUUAAUUUUCAAUACAAUUCCAAUAAAAGCCACAUUAUCACAUUACCAAAUUACAAUCCAAUUAAAAAGAAGAAUAAGAAAAGAGCCAAUUAUUCAAACACCAAAUUAAUCGAUACUUUUUGCUAAAUAUAUGUUAGAUUGACAAGUAUUCUCAAUGACUUGCCCCUGUUGAACCUAUUACUAAGUGAAAUCUACUAUCUUGUCAUUUAGUAGAUAGCAGAACUAAUCUUAAGUCAUGAUGCUGUCUGAAAAAAAUUGCCCAAUUUGUGCCACAAACUACUGGUGUCUUCGUGGUAGAGCACUUGUUUUCCAUGAAGAAGUUCUCUAAUCCCUUUCAUCUGGAGGCCACAGAAGUAGUUGCUGGAAACCGCAAAAAGGGAGAGUGUUCUUGUGCUCAGGUCCUCCUUGUGGGCUUACCACAGACAUCUGAUCGGCCACUAUGAGAACAGGACACUGGCAGUGGCCUGAUCCAACAGGCUCUUCUCGUGUUCUUGUCCCUAGCCAAAAGGAUCUGUGAGACUGAAAAGUGCACCCAUGCAUGCACACACCUGUGACUCGGCCAGUCAGUUUAGACCAGGGGUGGGAAAAGUUUGCCCUCCCUGCCUAGAUGCUCUUGGGAUUACAUCUCACAUCAGCCCAGCCAACAUAGCCAGGAGUCAGGGAUGAUGGGAGUUGUAGUCUGCCAACAGCUGAGAGCCAAAGGUUCCCUGUAAACUACUGAACUAACUAGGUCAGUGGUCUUAAAAUUGUAGAAGGUGACCUUCAUGUGCUCUUCCUAUGUUCAAGCACCAGCCUGGAAUUUAUGAGCAUUUUAUGCUUAAUGGUUGAAGUAAAUAAUCAUUAUUGCUUCCUGUUUCUCCAUUAGGUAUAUUUUCCCCAAAUAUUUGACAUCUGGAAGAGCUACAUUUUACAGCAGGGCUGUUCUGCUAGUACCGUUAAAACUCUGACUGCAAUUCAAAGAGUUUGGCUCAUGCAGUGGGCUUGCAGAACUCUGGUGGGAUUUUUUAAAUUUCUUUCUUCAGUAAGUUUCAAAAGCAGUUUGCCACAAGGCAUGGAAAGCUGCCGUUUGAGGAAAAUUGGAAGCUUUUCAGCUUAGGCCACUGGCUUUACUGCUUAUUGGAUUCUGGCCAAAGUAAUCCACUCUUAGUAGUAGUUACAGUUGUGGAAAAUAAAAAAAAUGGGCUAGUAAUAUUUUUUGCAUGUGAGGUGCCCUGUGUUCAGGACUUAGAUUAUUUUAAAAAGAUAUUAAGGACAAAGACCUCAACAUACUAGCAAAUGCUGGUGCAUCUGCAUUUAAUUCCAGGUCCUGUCAUUGAUUUUAAGUUGCACCUAAGGUUUUUUUCCCCUAUGCAAAAGUAAGUACCUUCUCAAAUUUUCCUUCCAUUUAAUCUAAACCAGCAUCUUAGAACCUCUGUCCUCCUGAGCCUCUAAGGUAAGAGCUGUUCCCCUGUCCUUAAUAUACUUAUCCUGCCAUCUGCAUUACUGGAAGGGGGGAUAGAAGGGGUGAGUGCAAAAUCCCUAUUUCUGUACUAUCCACAAAGACAGCUCAAGCCCACAUAUGAAGAUGGUAAAGGCAGCUUACAUUAUUAAUGAAAUUUGUAUAUUUGUUGUUAAGUAUUAAGAACAUAAAAUUCAGCAAGCAGCUUAAGCUCUAAAUAAAAAAAUUACAAUGAGCAGCUCAAUCCUGGAAGAAUAAGCACAUGAGAAUAGCACCAGGAUAAGGAGAAAUAAACAAUUAGAAUAUAACGGGUACCCAAUGUAGGGUCCUGCAGAUGUGGCUUUCAACUCUGUGCCAAUUGGCUAUGUUGACUGGAGCUGAUGCAAGAUGGGAGUCCCAACAACAUCUGGAGGGCACCACAAUGGCUGAUCCUGAACUAGUGCAGUGGACACUGAUUCAAGCGUACUUCAGAUUCCCACACUCAGUAGCAAGCUUUCACUUAGCAUGAAUGAAUCAUUCCUUUAAAGAGGCUUGUGUCCUUCUCCCUGGAAGUAUUUCAACUCAAGCAACCUGUAAAGCAGGGGUAAGGAACAUGGGACCCUCUAGAUAUUGCUGAAAUUCCCAUCAGCCCCAGCCAGUGUAGCCAAUGGUCAAGGAUAAUGGGAGUUGUAGUCUAACAACAUCUGGAAUGCCACAGGUUUCCCAUACAAGGCUGUUUCCUCUCUCUUCCAGUGUUGAAUGGGCAACAAAACCGCAGGUAAGUGCAAAGUGUUGCAUAUUCAAUUUUUAAAAUCCUGAGUAGCUCUGAAUAUAAAUGAAAGUGGCUGUGACUAUCAAGAGGGGAGAUCUUGAGGUUAUGAUGGAGAACUCACUCAGAACCAUCCUCGUGUUUGGAAGGGGAUUGGAAAUAACAUGACAAGUAUAAUGCUACUGUAUAAAUCUAUAGAAAGCCCAGGCAUACACAUUUAAUGUUGCAAAGCUGGCAGAGGUAACAGCAGGCGACUUGGGAGUAAGUCAGGCUAGUUCAGUGGGGAUUGCUCACAGAUAAAUUGGUGCAAAAUUGCAGCCUAAGGGUUCAGAUCACGUUUGCUGUGAGAAAAGGCAAACUUCAUUUACAGCAUUUUUUGGUGAGGGGGAAUGACAUACAAUAAGAACUCAAAGCUCAUUCAAUUGGGAUAACCUCUGGACUGACAAAAGAAGGUAUUCUUUCACAUACUGCAUAGUUUCAUAACUUGCUACCAUGAGAAGUUAGUUGCUUAUAAAGGAAGGAAGAACUUGGAGACUUUGCCAGAGGCUGUUCUGUUGGAGCCAACAGACUUCUCUCACUUGCUCAAGGGCUGAAUCUGACUCCCUAAGGCAGAAAAUCAGGAGUCAGCUAACUAGCUUUCAGUGUGGCAGAAAGGUAUGUAAAACCAAAGAACAAAAGGCAACCAGAGGUAUGCUUGCAGGAUUGUCAACCUGGCUCUGAGGCUGUGGGUGCCAUGCAGCGUGCAUGGCCCUCGCACCAAAAUUUGAGGGUGCCCGUGGGGAAUUUUGUGGGUGCUUGGGCACCCAGGGCCCCAAGACUUGGCACAUAUGCAUGCUUGUGAGUGGGUUCUGAAAUGGAUGGAUUUGGUGGCAUCACAACCCAUGUGCUUUAGAGCCAAUCAGAAGAGCUGCUUUUGCUUAUUUAAAAACAUUGUAUGCCUUUAAAAUUCAGAAAAUUCUCAAGGCAGCUUACAACAUGACUAGUGAGCCUGCUUAUUAUAGACUGUUCUUUCUACUGAGCAAAAAAAAACUGGUAGCAGGUCAUAUAAAUAACUUACUGUAAUAUGGAAUAAAAUUUUAAUUUUUAAAAAAUAACUUAUUGAGCAUUCUGCUUUAUGCUGGCUGGCUGGUCACUUAAACUAGAGCAAGAUGAAAAUGUACAAAGCAUCCAGUAUUUAGGGGGAGAUAUAGUUGUACCAGAAGAAAGAUGAAUAUUCUGGAGUCUCUUUCUAGUUCAACAGGCAUAGGUGUGUGCGUAACUUUGAAUCCUGUACAAAAGCACUGACAAUUGUAAUAAUAAAAAAGUGGACAUAGAAUUUAAUUAACUGACUAAAGGUUUCUUUUUUAAAAAGUUUCUAGGCCUUAUGACAACAACAGGAUGUUUGAAAGUAUGUGAGCAAUAAAAUUUCAGGAAGCUUGUUGCUGAAUUUCCAGAGCCAUGCAUAGCAUCUUUUCUCUUGGCUAGCAAUCUAAAUUAUAAACGUGCUGCAGAUUUAAAAGCAAUAAUAGGCACAGCCUCAUCUACAGUACUUUAUGCUUUCUGAAGGUUCUAAUUAGCGAUGCCCGAUCAAAAGAGUUCUACUUUAAAUGGUUGCAUUUUCUUUUUGCCUAUGGAAAUUUUCCCAUACGUGUCAGGUGCCUUUCAUAUAACUGCUUUGUCAAAUUGGGAUUUAAGUGCUUCCUUAACUUUUAGUGAUUGGCCCAGUUUCUUAAUCCACAGCAUAGCUUACUGUGUCUUGUUUCAUUUCCCUUUGUGGUCCAGUGCUGAACAAUGGCCAAAGAGUUCAUCAGUAAAGUAAGAGCAAACCUAACAUGGAAGCUUAACUAGUUAAAGGUUGUGAUUUAUUUAUCUUUAAAGAAGCCAGAGACUACAUUGUCUGUAAUUGGUUCCUUUUCCCCUACAUGGUGUACCCACUUAUCUUCCAACUAACUUUUUUUAAAACCUCAGCUGAGCUCAGACUUGCUUGUGUUUUCUGUAGCAACUAAUCUAAUCGACUGACUCCAUUAUAGGGAAAAGCAAGACCAUCACAUUUCUAAAAUUAGUAUCUAUGUUCUUUUGUAAUCAGAUAGGCAUGAUAGAUACUGGAGAACAAGCAUUUAUAGCUUUAUAUGUUGUCUGAUCAGACAUGCGUGAAACAUGGGCAACUUGUAUGGCUUAGAGAGAGGCUCCCCCUCCCUCUAAAAAAUAAUUGUGCUAUAUAGCACUUCAUACUUAUUUUAAGCAGAGGCUAUAUGGAAAACAAACCUUGUUAGACAUUUCAGGUUUUGCUGAGCAUCUGAAGGAUCUUUGGAAUUAAGUUCACUGACGCUGUACUAAUGUGAAAAGAAAGUGCAACAUUCCAUUGCAAAAUUGUUGUUUAAAAUACUACUAGUAUUUUUUUUUAAUGGCGAGGGAUUAAAGAUAUUACGUGGAAAAUCCCAGAUUUUAUACAUUGAAGUUGGCCCACUAUGAAGCUGGUUUAAAUAUUCUUUCGUUUUGGGAUUCCUCCACCAUUGCCACCAUUUCUUAUGUGGACACAAAUUAUGAACAUUCUGUUUUCAACUUUCCUAGCCUGUCUGGAAAACGGCUAGAAUUUAAUCAGUAAAUAACUAGUAGAAUUAAAGCAACAAAUUAAAAGUAGUUAACUACCUUGUUUCCUUAAAGUGGCAUGUAUAGUUGAAUAAAGACCGCAGAUCAGGUUUGUUUGUAUAAUUGCAGCUAUAAUGAAAAUAUCUUGCUUAUGCUGUGAAACCCUGAAAUUUCAGAAGUGUCAAAUGAGGAAGACAGAAAGGUCCCUUUGGGGACACUAUGCUGCUAUGAUUCCUGUGAUUCUGGAAUGAUGACACCACCCAGACCUGGGAAGACAAAAGGGGUGAGUUAGCUACUGGGUUGACUUCUCAGUGGGUGGAAGACCACCCAUCCCAAAUAGGGGAAGUAAGUGUUGGCAGGACCCCAAAGAACCAACGCAAAAUGCAUACCUGGGACAACCCUGAUUCUUGGCUUUUGAGUACACAUCUGAUGUCAAAGUUAGGCAUCAUAGGGUAUUGGCCAAGGCUCGGCAGGGGCCCACUGCCGGCUUCCCCAAGUGAGUAAUGACAAGAGCAAGGAGGAGGAGCGGCAGUCUCUGCUCACAUGCACACAUUGUACAAACACAAUUUACGCAUCACAUCAAUUACCCACAACUGAAUGGUGCCUAGCAUCAUUGAUGUGAUCCUGGGAGUCCCUGGAUGUGAAUAUUGGGCCCCUCUGUGUAGCAUAGGCUAGGAUUUUCUUCCUGAUUUGCUCAUGUUUCAUAGGCAGCGUUGCAAUAAUGAAUUUCUACCCACCCUCAAUCUUAGGUGAUAUGUUCCCAAAGGACAAAUUAUAUGCUAUUUUUCUGAAGGCGCACAUCAGAAAAAUGAGGUGUGCGUCCUAGAACAGUUGGAGAAGGUUUUACAUCAUUAGCCCAGCUCAGGUGCUCUUAGUCUCCCAGUUACCGUCACAUGGACAUAGUAGGUGGGUUGGUGCUCCCGGUUUCUGACAGUGCGUUCCCUGCUCCCCCUUUCCCCUAAUCUUGUGCUGUGGAGGGUGGUGUUACACCUAAGAGGUGGGUGGCUGGGUGAAUGAAGACCUGCUCAUCCUACUGCAAUGGUAAUCAUGUUGGUAGGAAUGCCUGAAUAGGGCUUCUGUGAAAAUAAGAAUUUGUUGCAAUAAAAGUAUCCAUUUCUGAAUCACUUCAAAAUUGGGCAUUGCUGAGUAUUAACCACCCUUUUAAACAUAGGCUAUUAGGCUCACUAGUUUUAUAUAUAUAUUUGAAGAAUACAGGGUAUUUUAAUACAAGGAUGGGUGGUGCAAAAAAUAAAUUUACAUAGGACAGAUUGCCUUGAAAGAUACAACAUCUUCCAAUUGGGUUGUGGAGUUACUGCAAAGUGCAAGAUGGGUAUAGUACCUCCAGCAAAGGAGUAAGAAUUAACUGGGGGAAAGAAAUGUAUAUGCUGUGUUUCAUUUGCCUCCCUAACUUUGUGUAAAUGGCUUGUUUUCUUUAAAUAAACACUUUUCCGAAGUGA